AAAGCGCUGACUGCUGCUGCUGAAUGUGUUUGCAGGUAAAAGGAGCAAGCGACAAGAGAAAAAAAAAACUGAAAAACAUUAAUCCUGGCAGAAAGCGAGGAGUGCAAUGGAAACACGCGAGUCUCUUUAUGCGAUACAGUCUGAGAGAAAAAGGAUUUAAAUAAAUAAAAAACUCGCUCCUGAAGGCUUUAGCGGAAAGUGUCGCUUUGUGAGUGGAAGCAACUUGGACAGCUGCGUGUUUUCAAGCGGAGCCAUCAACAAAGAAUGAAAGCGUUGAAACGAGCUCUGGAGGAUGACCCCCACCCGGAUCAUGACCAUUCCUCGGCCAUGUCGGACAGCGACGACGGCUCCCCGCUCGACCUGUCAGGAAGGGGUAACUUUGGGAAGCGCCGUCGCCGCGGAAACCUGCCGAAAGAGUCGGUGCAGAUCCUGCGCAGCUGGCUGUACGAGCACCGCUUCAACGCAUACCCAUCGGAGCAGGAGAAGCUCAGCCUUUCCAACCAGACUAAGCUCUCCGUGCUGCAGAUCUGCAACUGGUUCAUCAACGCUCGUCGCCGUCUCCUUCCUGACCUUCUCCGAAAGGAUGGAAAAGACCCCACCAAGUUCACAAUCUCGCGUAAGGUUGUCAGUAAAUCUGAGGGCCAGCAGUCGACCGCAGGCGAAGCAAGCUCUCCUGAAAUCGUUGCUUCAGCUCGCUCCACUCAACAGCGUCCAUCCGUGAUCCGCUCUGCGCCCACUCUGGACCUCAGUCUGCUGGGGAACACGGCCACGGCCAUCCUCACCGGAGCGGGCUACCCAGGAAAGGAGGGGUCUGUGCAGGCGCUCAUGAAGCUGGACACACAGAGCCUGUUGAGGGAAGCGGAUGAAAGGGGCGUCCAUUCGACCGUUCCGGCUAACAUGGCUGCCAGCCACUCCAGUGGUCUCCUCAACACGCCUCCACCCACCCCUCCUGAGCUCUACCCGAGUCAUGACUUCAGUGACCUGCGGCUGCUGGUUGAUGCUGCGCUGCAGAGAGCUGCGGAGCAGGACCUGCUCAAGGAGACCCACAGCAAACCAGCAGAGCCUCUGGAAGCCAAACUGGUGGAUGCAAAUGAAAUGGGCGGCACCCCCCCUCCAGAGGAAAAGGUCAUGGAUCCUUCCAGAGCGCAGUGUCUGAUGGAGAAAGCUAUGUCCGUCCCAGAGUCAAUCAAAUCUCCUAGUACUGAGUCGUCAACCGCCGCUGUUCCAGUUCUUGCUCCAGUCUUGCUCCCCGCCUCCAGUAUGACGCCUCUACCAGCAAAAAAAGGAAUAUGGAACCCCUUAGAUAAAGACGCUGUCAGAACAUCCAGCCCAAACCAGCCUCCUCUCAUCCCAGCCCGUCUCCCAGCUAUAGUACCAGUUUCUGCUGUUGUCCUGGAGCGACCGGAGCUCCAGAAACCUGCUGCCCUCCCAGUCAUGAACCCAAAGCUGCCUUCAGCUUCCACAUCCGUCUCCCCUCCAGCCUCAUGUCCAGUGACUGCAUCAAGUCCAGCGGUAGGCCCGGUCUCCAUGGAAAUACCUUCCUCCCAGUCAGCAACCUCCUCUGAUUCCCCGCCGUUCCACAAACCCCCCUCCAUCCCCGUCACGGCCCCCACCGUGCUGCACGCCUCUUCCUCGGUCUCCUCCGCAGCGCCGGCCGUCCCGCCUCUCCUGAGCCUCGCCUCCCACCUCACCCCUCACUCCGCCGCUGGCAGCAGUUCAGCCAUAGUGCCCAAGGUUUGGAGCGUGGUUCACGCCAACAGCAGGCCGGCUGGUUCCCUCCAGGUGGUAACGACCCCCAUCAGCACGGUGUGGGGGCCGCAGCGCAACCUGCACACACUGAGCGAAGCUGUGAACUAGAAGCUGCUGCCGUUCUUUUAAGAUCUACAAACCCAGGAGGGGGGGGGGUAUGUUUUAUGGAUCGGAACUUUGAAGAUUAGAGGAGAAUGAUCCGAAAACAUUGACAAGCUAGAAGAACUGUACGAUAGUUUACCAGCAUUUCCAGUGGCAGAGCUGGACUUCAGUGAAUGUAGAGAAAAAAAAAAACCUUCCCCUGAUGUAAACUCUGCUGCCCUACAGCCAUUCCUCAUCUGAUAGAAAGCAAAUUUUCUCAGACGUCUAGUCAUGCUUUAAGGAUGACUUCUUAAAAGGUCGGUGUGUUUAUUCUGACAUGUUCUUUUCUUCUUUUUUUUUUUUUUUGUUCUCUCCUUGCAUCUGGACAACGUAGUGGAGGGAAAACCAAAAACAAAUAAUCUAGAUGAAUCUGUUCUCUUAACUCCUGGCUGUUUCAUGGACCACCUCAGCUGCUCUGAGUGUCCCUUCAGCCACAUCAAUCGCACCGUUAAGAAGUUCCUUCUUUCUAUUUCCUGAAUAAGAAAAGCACAGGUUUAUAUUCUGUUAGAACACAUUGGUGUCGUCCACAGUUGUAGAGGCCUUAAAGAGUUUCUGUUUCUUAGACCUGAAGGUCAUAGAGCAGACGGUUUAUUCAUAAAGCAGAUGUAGCACGUUCUUUGUCCCCCUUAUUUGUGUAGUUUAUCCUCAUCCGAUUGUAUCAAAUGGUUCCUGAUAGUCCGAGACGCUGUAGUUUCUGUGAAACUUUCCUGGACAUGUUGGUAGCUGUGUGGGAGUUUGGCUGAACGCUGGGCUCAUUUUUUUUUUUUUCUCCGUUGAUGCUGUAGCACAAUUACCAGUUAAUGUUUACUAGGUCACAAAGCUGUGUUUACUUCAGUUCUGUUGUAUUGGCCUGAGUUGUUGUUGUGGACAGAAGAAAAAAAACUGUUUGGGUCUUACUGAUGCAGAGCAAUGAACUCUGCAACCAUUCCAAGAAAACCUCCUCAUCUUUUGGUCCAAACAUUUUAGCCUUUUUCUUCGUAUUUUUUUGGACAUUCUUUUCACUCUGUGCCACAUCGUGGAGGUGAAUGUUUUUGUUGCAGAAGCAGAGCUGACCGGUGUUCAUUUUUUACCUCAAUUUCACACAACUGGUGUUUAUUUAAUAUUUCCGACUACAGAAAAUACACUGUGAUGCCUUCAAGGUCAGGAUACUGGGAAAGGCUGGCUACGGUUUUUAGAGGUGAGGUUUUAGAUGUAAGCUGACUCUUCAGAGGAAAACAAAAAUGUGCUGAUGUAAAUAUGUGAAAGUUCAAGGUUUUUAUUUUAUUUUUUUGGGGGGGGGGGCAUAUUUACUAGCCUGAGCUCAUACUCGAAAUGUAGUUUGUGUCCAACCAAAUGCAUUCUGGACGUUACUUUCUUCACUUUUUGUUACAAGUUAUGACUCCAGGCAGUGUGACUGGCUGCUGUGCCUUAAGCCUUCGAAUGAGGGAGGAUGUCACCCUUUUUUUUUCUCCUUUUAAAAAUGUAUUAAAAACUCAAUAGUCUGUGCAAUAUAUGCCUUAAACUUUAAAUGUCUUUUUUUGUAUGAAAGUUUCAAAGAAAUAAAGAUUCACUUUUUCAUAAAGA